CCCUUCCCCCCGCACAUCCUGGAUGUCGUCAUCAUGACGAAGUCCAAGCGCAGUGUCAACGUCAGCUGGGCGCCCGGUCACGACGGCAACAGCCCCAUAGAGUCAUACCUCGUGCAGAGCCGGCACGUAUCGACGCAGGGACCGGCGCUCGAUUGGAAGGUGGAGGAGCCCAGCGUUCCCGCAGACCAGCCCUGGCUGCUGGUCGGCAACCUCAAGGCAGCCACGAGCUAUCAGUUUCGCGUUGCCGCGAGGAACGGCGUCGGUGAGGGAAGAUUCAGCGAUCCUAGCUCCAUCAUCACGCUGCCCCAGGAGCCCCCAGGCCUGCCGCCUGUCGGCGUGAGUGCUAGCGCCAGCUCACAGACUGCCAUCAUGGUGCAGUGGCAGCAGCCUCCAUCGGAGGAGUGGAACGGUGUUCUCCUCGGCUACAUAAUCCGAUACAGGCUUGCUGGCUAUGCGAACUCGGUGCCGUGGCAACAAGUCAACAUCACGAACAAGGCACAGCGUAACUACCGGCUGAGGGACCUCAUCGUCUGGCAGGACUACGAGCUGCAGAUGGCCGCCUACAACAACAUCGGCAUCGGCGUCUACAGCAACAGCAUCACCGAGCGCACCCUGGAGGGAGUGCCGACUGAGCAGCCGUCCAGGGUGACUGCAGUCGCCGGCUCAUCCACGACUGUCAACGUCACGUGGAAGGCAAUCAACUCUCAGUCUGUCAACGGUGUUGCUCUUGGCUACAAGGUGGAGGCAUGGCUUCGCGAUUCGUCGUCGGCGCCGGCGCGUGUCAUUAGCGUGGCGCCGAGCCCGUACCCGGACGCUAUGCAUGAGGAGGUCGUCGACGCGCUGAGCAAGUAUACCGACUACACGAUCACCGUGCUCUGCUACACGGCCGUCGGCAACGGUCCGGCGAGUGCACCCGUAGCUGUGCACACGAUGGAGGAUGUGCCGGAUCAGGUGGCCAACUUCACGUUUUUAGACAUCCAUGAUACACGUGUUUCUGUUUGGUGGUCGCCUCCUGUGAAUGCUAACGGAAUUCUAACGGGCUAUAAACUGAAGUAUCAGCAGAAUGAUAAUGUGGCAACGGAGAACGUCUUGUCAUUAGAACCGGAGGUACACAACCAAACAGUAACCGGCCUUGUCCCCAGCACCGAAUACCUGUUCAGCAUUGCAGCAAGCACCAGUCAAGGCCUCGGUGCUGUGACCACGGCCACCAUUAAGUCAGGUGUUCCACCGGAGCUUCCAGGCCCUCCAACAGGACUGCUGGUAAGCAACGUGAUGGCGAGAUUGGCCACUCUGUCGUUUACACCCGGCUAUGAUGGCAAGACCUCCAUCUCUCUGUGGAUUGUUCAGGCAAGGGAUAAAAGCAGUGGGGAGUGGGGGACGAUCCACGAGGAGAGCAGUCCCGAGGCGACGGCGCUAUCUGUCAUCAACCUGCGUCCGUACACCAACUACACGCUGCGUCUCAUCGCCAGCAACGUCAUCGGCGAGAGCGCUCCCAGCGACCCCACGCAGCUGUUCCUGACGAUGCAGGCUCGGCCGGCGACGGCGCCUAGUGACAUCGCUGCACGCACGGUCGAUGCCAACUCCAUCACUGUCCACUGGGUGCCACUCGCCGAUGACGAGUGGAACGGGAUCCCGCGCGGCUACAGCAUCCAAUACGAGGCGACGAGCGACGACGGCGGGCCGCCGCGUCCGCCAUUGCACAUGCGUGCGCCGGACGCGUACGCUAACAGCGUCGUGCUGUCACAGCUGCGCGCGUUCACCGAGUACAAGAUUGCAGUCACGUCCUACAAUGACGUAGGCAGCAGUCCGUCGAGCAGCACCGUACUCAGCAAGUCGAAGGAAUCGGUGCCGACAGCAGGAGCAGCGUACGUGAGUGCUACUGCUACUGGAGCCCAGACUAUAUUCGCAGAUUGGCAAGACGUUCCCAAGGCGCAGCAGAAUGGAAUCAUCCUGGGCUACAAGGUGAUGUACGGAGGCUCGGAUGUUGCGUUCACUCUGCUUGACGUCAACGACACACGUACCGUCAUGCUGACCGGUCUGCGCAGCUUUGUCAACUACAGCGUGCAGGUGCUCGGCUACACGCGCAUGGGCGAUGGAGUGCUCAGCGACCCUGUCUAUAAUCAGACGAAGGAAGAUGUGCCAGGGCCACCGACUAGCGUCUUCUUCCCUGAAGUGUCUUACACGACAGCGAUGGUGAAUUGGGACACCCCGGAUGAACCGAAUGGCAUCAUUACAAACUACAAGAUCCAGUAUUGGCUGGAAGACACUGAUUCGUCGUCAGGCUACCCUCCCGUCGAGCUGAAUGAAAAUGAGCAUUCGUACACGGCACACAACCUCCAGCGGGAGAAGUACUAUGUGUUCAGCAUCACGGCUAAGACGCGCGCAGGCUGGGGCCAGAGCGCCACCGUACGCGUUUACACAAUCCCAAACCGCGACAAGCCCGGCGCUCCGUCGAAGCCCACGAUCAGUGCGUCCCAGAUCCUAGCACGCAGCGUCACCAUGUCGUGGCAGCCCGGCAGUGACAACUACAGCCCCGUCAGGUACUACACUGUGCAGAUGAGGGAGGGAGACAACCUUGCAUGGAAAACACACCCUGAGAGCAUAUCUCCAGAUCUGACUUUUUAUACCAUCACAGAUUUGACACCGUAUACAAAAUACUCGUUCAGGCUUCAGGCGACGAAUGACAAAGGUGCGAGUGAAUGGAGUACCCCAUCUGACACUGUUGUCACUGAGCAAGAUGCGCCAGACGAACCCCCGAAACAGUUACAGGUACUGCCCUACACAGAGACGUCUGUCAGAAUCACAUGGGUGGCACCAGCCGACCACUCGUGGAAUGGGAACAAGGAGGGGUACCUGCUUGAACAUCGGCAGUAUCCAAGCGUUUCGGAUUUCAUGGAGACGAAGGUUCCAAAUCCGCAAGCCAGCAAUUACACCUUGGAGCAUCUGCUGGGAGACCGUGAAUAUGAGGUUCGCAUCAAGGCUUAUAACAGGAUAGGACAGAGUCCUCCGUCUGCCCCAGAGACCGUCUACGUCGGAGAAGCAGUUCCCAUGGAAUCCCCCCAGGCUGUCUCUGCAGAAAUGGUGAAUUCCACCAGCAUCUUCGCGACCUGGCUCCCACCUCCAGAGCAGACGAGAAAUGGCGACAUCCUCGGUUACAAGGUAACCGUACUCAUGUUGUCAUCUACAUAG